GAACGGGUGAGUGCGGUCGGAAGGGUGCCGCGCAGCGUCGCCGACGUCAGGUUCACAUUCCCUGCCAGGGUCCUGCCAAUUGCCAGGUAAAUAAUCAAGAAAAGCCUUUUUGGCAAUAUGCCAUCCUCCACAGGAGAAAUUACCCAAAAGACAGAAUGCUUACCAGCUAUUGUGAAGAGAGCAAGAAAUGGCAGGAAAAACUUGCCAUCAUGGAAAACAAGGCAGCUGAAAGAACAUGGUGUUGGUGCAUUCCUUCAACAGCUGCUAGGUGUGGGAGGUACUUCUGAAGAGCAGAGUCCAUCUACUCCACUCAGCUUGACCAGCAGUAAUAAGCCAGCUCCAAACAAGGACCAAGUUCAUGGGAAACCAUCAGCCAGUGGAGAAGGAGAUGGCCCUGAGGCUGUCAAUGUGCCCUACCCCCAAACGCUGGUGCCGGUGGCAUCCCUGCCAGAUCACCCCAGCGAGGGGCGCAGGGGCGGCGUCCGGAAGCGGAAGGCGUCGUCGAUCAGCAUACCGGCCGAGAUCCGGCAGUCACCUGAGCUUCGCAAGUACUGGCACCGGCGCUACCGGCUCUUCUCCAGGUUUGACGAGGGUGUGCAGCUGGACCGGGACGGCUGGUUCUCGGUGACGCCCGAGCACAUCGCGCGCCACCUGGCCGACCGCUGCCGCGCCGACGUCAUCGUGGACGCCUUCUGCGGCGUUGGCGGCAACGCCAUUCAGUUCGCGGCCACUUGCCGUCUGGUGAUCGCCGUCGACAUCUGCCCGGAGCGGGUGCGCUUGGCGCGCCACAACGCCGCCGUCUACGGCGUCCAGCACAACAUCCAGUUCGUGGUGGGCGACUUCUUUCGGCUGGCGCCGCGGCUGCACGCGGACGCCGUCUUCCUCUCGCCGCCCUGGGGCGGGCCGGAGUACAGCGGCGCCGCGGUGUAUGACAUGUUCCGUCUGGACGGCUCCAUGGACGGUCGCCGUAUGAUGCGGGCCGCCCGCCGUAUCUCGCCGAACGUGGCUCUACUGGCACCGCGCACUGCCAACCUCGACCAGUUAGCGGCGCUGGCCGGCCCCGGCGGACGGGUGGAGGUGGAGCAGAACCUUCUGAACGGCCGCGCCAAGACCAUCACGGCGUACUACGGCGGUCUGGUCCGGCCCGCGCCCGCCUCCUGAGUCGGGGCCAAUCCCCCCGGCCCGCGCCCGCCACCUGA